AUGAGACGGCGUUUAGUAAUGACAGGGUUUUUUUUAAUCACCGCGUUAACAUUUGCUUUUAAUCUAGAGUAUGUAAUCUCUGAGACAUGGACAGCUGUUGAAGUAAACGACACACCGCUGGAACUGGCCGAUCGGAAUCUCAGUGCAGGUCCAGAGACUGUGUCUGACCUGAAAAGUAAUGAAGAGCAGUGUGACAGGGUGAUGACAAUACCGGCCGCACAGCGAUGCGAGUUCGUCCUGAACACCACAGACUGCCAUGUCGAGGGCGGCUUCAUUAAUUACCUCUGGAUCACUUUUUGCUUCUUUCCAUCUAAACUCUUGCCCCUUGCAAUUUUUCUUUAUGUUUUGUUGCUGUUCAUUUUGUUCCUGAUUCUUGGACUGAUUGCAUCAGAGUUUUUUUGUCCCAACCUCUCAGCUAUAUCCUCAACUUUGAGGCUGACACAAAAUGUGGCUGGAGUGACAUUUUUAGCUCUUGGUAAUGGGGCUCCAGAUGUGUUCAGUGCCAUGGCUGCUUUCUCUCGUCCACAGACAGCUGGUCUGGCCAUUGGAGCUUUGUUUGGGGCAGGCAUCUUUGUGACCACUGUGGUUGCUGGGAGUGUGGCCCUGGUGAGACCUUUCAAUGUGGCCUCUCGUCCUUUCCUGCGUGAUCUCAUCUUCUACAUGGCUGCUGUCUUCUGGACAUUCAACAUUCUCUAUAAGAGAGAAAUGCUACUAAAAGAAGCAUUGGGCUACCUUGGACUGUAUGUGCUGUAUGUUAUAACUGUUGUGGUGAGUGCAUACAUUUAUAAGUGCCUGUCACGCUCCCCUCAUGAACCACUUCAAAAUUCAACAGAGUUUAGCCAAGAUGAAGAGUAUGAGCCUUUGAUCUCCUUCACUGAGUCAACUAAUAGCAUUUUCCUGAGAGCCAUUAACCCAAUAGAUACAAGGAGCUGGAGGAGGAUACACUGUGGCUGGAAAGUGCUCAAGAUUAUUCAGCUGCCAUUUGAGGUGCUAUUGCUGCUGACAGUUCCAGUUGUGGAUUCUAAUAAGAAGGAAAGUAACUGGAACCGCCCUCUUAAUUGCUUGCACCUUAUUACUGGGCCACUGGUGUGUGUGCUUACAUUGAACUCAGGGACAUUUGGGGUGUACCUCAUUGAAGGAGAGUUUCCAGUAUGGUUGCUCACAGCCCUUGUUGGAACCUUCCUCUCAGGCAUAGUCUACUGUUCUACCACUAAUGACCAUCAUCCUCUUUACCACUUUCUCUUUGCUUUACUGGGAUUCAUAGUGAGUGCUUUGUGGAUCAACACAGUGGCAUCAGAAGUUGUGAGUGUGCUGCACAUGCUUGGCAUAGUCCUUCGUUUAAGUAAUACCGUACUAGGACUUACACUUCUUGCAUGGGGAAACAGCAUUGGAGAUUGUUUUGCUGACAUCACUAUAGCACGGCAGGGCUACCCCCGAAUGGCAAUUUCUGCUUGCUUUGGUGGCAUCAUUUUCAACAUGCUUUUUGGAGUUGGUCUUGGCAGCCUGUUGCAGAUGUUCAAACACCAUGAUUUUAUUAAGCUGGAGCCGGAGGGUUUGCUGUGUUGGGUACUGGCUGCAGCGCUGGGUCUCUCUCUGGUCUUCUCAUUUGUGCUCGUUCCUCUGCAGUGCUUUCACCUGAGUCGAGCCUAUGGCAUCUUUCUCCUGCUCUUCUAUGCCAUCUUUCUCAUCAUUGCACUUCUUACAGAGUUUGGAAAGAUACACCUCUAAACCAAGCACAUACACUGAUCACUACUAUCUAGAAAGGCUACUAAGCUGUGGACUGUUUUAACAGUAUAAAAUGUUCUUUUAAAGCAGUGUGAUAGUUGAAUAUGGAUGAUUAAAUCUCAUUUUAAAAAACACCAA